CGGCGGGCGGGCGUGGUCGAGCACGCGCAGUGUAGGGAGCGUGGCGGCCGGGCGGCGCCGCGAUGUUCGUGGCGCGCAGCAUCGCGGCGGAUCAUCGCGACCUCAUCCACGAUGUCUCCUUCGACUUCCACGGGCGGCGCAUGGCCACCUGCUCCAGCGACCAGAGCGUCAAGGUCUGGGACAAAAGUGAAAAUGGGGAUUGGCAUUGCACUGCAAGCUGGAAGACGCACAGCGGCUCUGUGUGGCGUGUGACGUGGGCCCAUCCUGAGUUUGGGCAGGUCCUGGCCUCCUGCUCUUUUGAUAGAACAGCGGCUGUGUGGGAAGAAAUAGUGGGAGAAUCCAAUGAUAAACUCCGAGGCCAGAGUCACUGGGUUAAGAGGACCACUCUGGUAGACAGUAGGACGUCUGUUACGGAUGUGAAGUUUGCUCCCAAGCACAUGGGUCUUAUGUUAGCAACUUGUUCAGCAGAUGGAGUUGUAAGGAUUUAUGAAGCCCCGGAUGUGAUGAAUCUCAGUCAGUGGUCACUGCAGCAUGAAAUCUCAUGUAAGCUAAGCUGCAGUUGCAUUUCAUGGAAUCCUUCAAGCUCCAGAGCACAUUCUCCGAUGAUAGCCGUAGGAAGUGAUGACAACAGUCCAAAUAUAUUGGCUAAAGUUCAAAUUUAUGAAUACAAUGAAAAUACCAGGAAAUAUGCAAAAGCAGAAGCUCUGAUGACAGUCACAGAUCCUGUGCACGAUAUUGCUUUUGCCCCAAAUCUGGGGAGAUCCUUUCACAUCUUAGCUGUAGCAACCAAAGAUGUACGAAUUUUCACACUAAAACCUCUAAGGAAAGAAUUGACUUCAUCUGGAGGAUUAACAAAAUUUGAAAUUCAUAUUGUGGCGCAGUUUGACAAUCACAAUUCCCAGGUGUGGCGAGUCAGCUGGAACAUUACGGGCACGGUGCUGGCCUCCUCCGGCGACGACGGCUGCGUUAGGCUUUGGAAGGCUAAUUACAUGGACAACUGGAAGUGUACUGGUAUACUGAAAGGUAACGGGAGUCCGGUCAAUGGUAGUUCCCAGCAGGGAAUUUUUAACGCCUCUCUAGGUUCAGCCAAUACAAGCCUACAGAAUUCACUGAAUGGAUCAUCUGCCAGCAGAAAGCAGAGCUGAUACCAAGCUAACUGGAGUAACUUUGAUGUUUUGCUGCUUGUUGCAUGCACACAGGAAUGGAAAAUGAACUCCUUUUUCCCCUCCCCAACGCCGUUUGACCUCUCCCGAGACACCAGCAGCCUGCUAACUACUAAACGCUAUUCAAAAAACCUUUUUAAACCACGUUGUGUACUUUUUUUGUACUAGGCCGCACAGUUUGAUACUGUUGAUGCUCCUGAUAGAAAAAUACUAGGAGAGGCUUUUUGUUUAAAAAAAAAAAAUCAACCCCAAAAAAACCUUCCAUCAGAACAAUUUCUUAAAAAAAACUUGUCAAAUGAGCUAGUUCUUGAGUAAAAAUGAGGAUCUUGUCCUUGGUUGGGAUGGGAGGAGGGAAGUGACCAUUAAAGUAACUUUCAUUAAAGUUGUUUUGAUAACUGCUGUGUUUUACAUUUCAUAGUGUUUAACACCUGACUGAGAUUCCUUAACAUCAAAGUUUGUAACUGCUUUGUAAUAUAUGCAACUGUUAGUCUUAAAGGAGUAAGAAUAUUGUGCUUUGACAAUUGUACAGAUGGUAGCUUUUGAUAGUUUGGUAUUGCUUCGUUUAUAACUUCAUAUGACUUAAAAUAUGUGUUUUGUAAGUACCGUCGAGCUUUCUUCAUCCUAAGUGGGACACGUACUUUUUCUGAUGUGUUUGUAUGUUCCUGUGGCAAUGAUUCCAUGGAGUAACAAAAAUUCUGAGCGUACUAUUCUAAAAAAUGCAAACGUUUGAGCCAUAUGAAAGUUGAAACCAAAAUGCAGCUUGUUGUGGAUUGUCCGUAAUUUCACUAAGUGUAUAGCUGUUCUCUUAGGCAAGUCCACAGAACUGUAAACAAUCUAGAAAACAUCUGUAGGUAUCUAAUGUAGUUAUACUAAAACGCACGAGUACUACGGGUAAGUUCAAAUAAAAACGGCAGAAAAA